AUGCAACUGAAUGUUAAAUUUUCAAGCGAUGGGGAAACCAUCGCCGGUAUCCUCUUCCGUCCAGACGGCGCCCAGGGAAAGCUUCCCACGGUAAUUUGCGCCGGAGGAUGGUGCUAUACAAAAGAAAUUGUCCUCCCGCACAUCGCGCGCAUUGUGAAUGACGGAGCGGUGCAAGUUCUUGCCUUCGAUUAUGUUGGGUUUGGGGAAAGCUCAGGCGCCCGCCGUCAACAUCUGGACCCUUGGCAGCAGAUCUCAGAUUAUCGCAACGCGCUGACUUACGCGGAAAGUCGAGACGACGUCGAUCCUUCGCGACUAGGCUGUUUGGGAAUCUCAUACAGCGGCGGUCAUGUUCUGAUUUUGGCUGCUAUCGACCCACGUAUCAAGUCUAUUGUCAGUAUCGUGCCGGUUGUAGAUGGUUACAACAAUUUGCGCCGCGUACAUGGUGAACGUCGGUUCGCUGAUCUCGAAGCGGCCAUUCUCCAGGACCGGAGAGUCCGCGCCGCUGGUGGCGAAGAAAAUAAAAUUGCUAUGGCCUCCAGUCGGCCGUAUGAGGAGCUAUCUGUCUGGCCCUUCCCUCAGGUCAACGAGGUCUUCUUACAAGUCAAACAGACCGAGGCCCCCUUGCAUGAGCAUUGGAGCACCAUGGAAUCAGCAGAACUGUUGCUGAACUAUUCAGUUGCGCCUUUCGUCCCACGUGUGAUCAGCACUAGCGUUCUGAUGAUUGUUGCUGAGCGAGAUACCAUCACGGCUUGGGACUUAGAAGUGGAAGCCUUCAACAACAUCCCAUCUUCCGGAAAACGUGUUGAGAUUUUGCCCGGCAUAAGUCACAUGAGUUUGUACUCAGAUCGUGCGGAUACCAACAUUGCAGCUGUGCACGCCAGAGAUUGGUUCUCUAAGACACUUUAA